AUGGAAGAAUACCCCGAAGAAUUACGAACUCCACCCAUAACCCUAACCUCUCUGGUAGGUUGCCCCGAUCUCCACCCUCUAAUCUCAACCUACCUCUUAUCACAACAACCUCCAAUCAACACCUUAGCACUUCCCGAUUUAUCCAAAAUCAACGUCUUUAACCAGAAGAAAACCGAUCCCGAUUCCGUUAUCGCCGCGUCACCGCCUCCGUUCAUCGUUAACGGUAUCCUGAAACGCGAUUGGCUUCUCAAACACCGUACCAAAAUCCCUUCCGUUGUUGCUGCGCUUUUUCCGUCUAAUCAUGUUUUCGGUGAUCCCUCUCAGUGGCUUCAAGUUUGCUCCGAUCUCGAUUCCAUCAAAACUGUUAUUCGUGCGAGGAAUAUCAAAUUAGUUGUCGUACUUGUUCACACCAAUGCAAACGAUGAGGUUAGUGAAGAUAGAAUGAUUGCGUUAAGGAAACGAGCUGAAUUAGAGGCAAAAUAUGUUGUUAUAUUGAAUCCUAAUAAUGAUUCAGAAUUUCAAUCAUCUCUUAACAGGCUGGCAAGUAUAUUUUCGGAAUUAUCGGGGGUAUAUUAUAAAGAAGAAGGAAGAAGGGUUAAACAAAGGAUAGAGAAGAAGAAUGUUAGCGCUGUGGAGUUGAUUGUUCGUUACUGCUUCAAAGUAUGA